CGCAAGAGCCGUUUCCAUCAAUUUCAUCUUGGUUUGCAAUGAUCAAGCUGCACAAUGAACAAAUUGGGAAGAAUCUUGGGAAGACAAAAUGAGCCUCUCUGUCGUGUACGGGUCAUGGCAGGCUUCCGCCGCUCCCUUCACCUCGCGCCCCCUUUCCUCCUUGAAGAUUAUACGCCCCGGUACAUGACAUUGUCCUCUAUUGAUGAAUCCAAGAAGCGAUCUAAGGCUUACGCCCAUCUUUCCAACUGCAAUCUUUGCCCUAGGCUAUGUGGCGUGAACCGCUUCGAUAAGACUGGGAUGUGUCUGAUUGGCGACAACACAAAGGUCAACGUGAUUGCGCCUCAUUUUGGUGAAGAACCAUGCAUACAGGGCCACAAUGGCAGCGGCGCCGUAUUCUUCUCGGGUUGCAACCUCCGUUGUGUCUUCUGCCAAAACCAUGACAUCGCCCACCAACGUAACGGCCAGGAUCUGACGCCCGAGGAGUUGGGCGAAUGGUACAUCAAGCUGCAGCAAGUUGGCCGCGUCCAUAACAUCAACCUGAUCACCCCGGAGCACGUGGUUCCCCAGGUUGUGCUUAGUAUUCUUCACGCGAAGGAACUGGGUCUCAAGGUUCCAAUCAUCUACAAUACCUCCAGUUUUGAUUCGUUGGCUUCUUUGGAACUACUGGAUGGCUUGGUCGACAUCUACCUCCCCGAUUUCAAGGUCUGGGAGGCGGCCACAUCCAAGCGCUUACUGAAGGCGGACGACUAUGCAGCCACAGCACGCGAGAGCAUUAAAGCGAUGCAAAGACAAGUCGGAGAUUUAUGCUUUACCGGAGACGGCAUAGCCAAAAAAGGUCUCCUAGUACGACAUCUGGUGAUGCCGGGAAAAGAAGCAGAAGGGCGGCGGAUCAUGCAGUUCCUGGCCGAGGAAGUCUCCAAGGACUGCUUCGUCAACAUCAUGGAGCAGUAUCGCCCGGAUGCUCACGUUGGCAAGGCCAGGAAACGCACAAAGGACGGCACCGAACAUCAUGAUAAUGAGGUGCGGUACAACGAGAUCAACCGAGCUGUGUCAGGUGACGAGGUUUUGUCGGUGCGCAGGGCCGCAGAGGCAGUUGGUCUAUGGCGCUUUUGCGACCCUCCCCGACACGACGGCUUCAAUAUUUGAGGGCGUGGCCCUUGCAUCGCCUUCAAGACUUCGCCGUGUGCCCCUGUACCUGUGACGAGAGUGGCUUGCCAAAUUAAUGGAACGAUCUUGAAAGGCUAGGCCAUCUGUAAAUGCACCGGACUUCUGCGCCACUUAGGCAGGGGGUUGUUCGGACACAACCAAAGUGUUCAACGAUUCUAGGUACGAGAAGGA